ACAUCUCUUUCCACCCCCAUUUUAAUAAUCUCAAUUGUGUAUAUACAUUCUUUAGUUCACAUAACUUUUGUCUUUGAUGAACCAAUAUUAUUGUAUAUCACUUAACAACCAAAUCUCAUGGCAAGCAGCACAUGACAUCCAAAUCCCACAUGGCCUCUCUAAUCAACCUCUUCUGACAGCCUUUUCCUAGAUAUAAAAACAACCCAAGAUCCACAUGUGCCCACUCCCCUUAAAAACAACCUGAGAAACUCAGAAACCUUUGAUUUUGUUUGCUCCUCCUCCUCCUUCUAUGGCUAUGGAUUUUCUUGACUCUCUACCCCUUCAAUCCUCUCCUAAUCUUAGCAUGAUAAUAGAGCCUGGAGAGCUUCUGGAUGAAACCUGGUUUUUUGGGAACUUGCUUGAUGGAAAACCAAGAAUGUUGAGAUGCUACUCUGAUCCUUGUCCUUCCUCAAAGACAUCAUCAUCAUCUGAUGAUUACGAUGAUGACGAUGAUGACGUGUUUCCCGGGAAGUCCAUGGAGGAAACCUUUUCAUCAAUCAACAGAAGAAUACCAGAAGGCAAGAGAGCGUUGAGUCUUCGCGUGCCCGGGACAGGUCUGAUGAAGACUCCUUCCCUGCCAGCGAAGCAACAACCGGAUUCAGCGGACACAAACAAUCCGAGAAUUCAAGAACCGUGGCGUAACAGCCUGUUAAGGGCUCCAUCACUGCCCAGUUUUGCAGAGAAGGAAGAAUUUCAAGACGAAGAGAGUGAGUUUUCUAUGGGAAAUUUGAUCAGACAGGCAUCUUUAAACCAAACCAAAGUUCUGACCAGACAUGAAUCAUUAAGCCAACCCAAGGUUCUGAUCAGACAAGGAUCCUUAAACCUUAACCAAUCCAAUCCUCUGAUCAGACAAGGAUCCUUAAACCAAUCCAAACCUCUGACCAGACAAGGAUCCUUAAACCAAUCCAACCCUCUGAUCAGACAAGGAUCCUUAAACCAAUCCAAACCUCUGACCAGACAAGGAUCCUUAAACCAACCCAAAGUUCUGCCUCCAAGACAAACUGCAAAGGGUGUGACAAGAAGUUGCAGCAUUUCUACCAUCCCAAAACAAAAUCCGCGAAAAAAAUCAGAGCCAGAGAGCAUUAACCCCAUCUUGGACUGCAAUUCCGGGGAGACAAAACCGCGAUUUGCAUCAAAUCAACCCAAGAUAAGAAGGAGCCAUUCUAGUGUAGAUACUGAAGAGUUGAAAGGAUUGAAGAACUUGGGGUUGAAGGUGAAAGAUGAAGAAAAGGUGAGCAGAAGAAGAGGUGAUACUACAUCAGAGGCAUGGCUGGCAAAGAGUUUUGGGGCUCCACUACAAAGUGGGGCAGCCGCUAGCAAGAAAUCAGCAGAAGACAUGAAAGCACAGAUAAGGUUUUGGGCAAGAGCUGUGGCAUCAAAUGUGCGCCAAGAAUGAUAAUUCAUCAUCAAAGUUAAAAAACUUUAACUUAGCCUCACAGUACUAUACUACUACAUACAUAAAUGUUCUUGAUUUCCGGGAAUUUGAGAAACUACUUAGAUUUUUGUCUGACAAUUGAAGCAUAUGUUACAUCUCAACUAAAAGUCUAUAAACUAACAGUUAGACUAUAUGCGUAUUUAUGUUUAUAGAUC